AUGCCCCGCAUUCUGUUCGUGUACACUUCAACUGACAAAACCUUAACGGGCGCGCAGACGGGAUGGUAUCUCCCCGAGGCGGCGCACCCCUAUUACGUGCUUGCACCUCACCACACCAUUGACUUCGCCUCACCCAAUGGCCCCAACCCUCCCGUUGAUGAGAGCAGCGUGCAGUCGUUCAAAGAUGACGAGAGCGUCAAGUUCUUGAGUGGCGAUGAGACUGUCCGGGAGAAGUUUGCCACUGCGAAGAAGCUUUCGCAGGUUAAUGUGAACGAAUAUGAUGCGGUGUUCUACGUCGGCGGGCACGGCCCCGUUCUCGAUCUUGCAACUGACCCUGUGAAUAUCAAGCUGGCAUCGGACUUCUACCGCUCUGGCAAAGUUACUUCCGCUGUUUGCCAUGGACCUGCUGCCCUCGUUGGUGUGACUACAGCAGACGGCAAGUCCAUUUUUGCCGGAAAGACUGCCACCGGCUUCUCCGACGUGGAGGAGGAGCAGAUUGGUAAAGUUAAGGAUAUUCCCUUCCUUCUCGAAGAUCGUAUCGUAGCUCUCGGUGGGAAGUAUGAGAAAGCUGCACCUUGGGGCGCCAAGGUCGUUGUUGACGGAAAGCUCAUCACCGGGCAGAACCCUGCUUCAGCCAAGGGCGUUGGUGAAGCCAUUCUAAAGGCCUUGGCUUAG